ACUUUCGUUUCCUUGUUUAUCUUGCCUUUUCAGGUGCUGCUGCAGGACUCGGCUGUUAAUUUAACAACUUUUCCAAACAAGACAGAACCUGAACUGUGCAAGAAAUGUAGUUUCUUAUUUAGUCAGGACAGGCUCAAAUAUCAUCUGACAUCAAAGACAUUUGAAUACAUUUUAGUAGGUAGGGUUACAGAUGAUUUCAUUGGCUGUUUCAUCUGAGAAGUUAAAUAAAGCCAGCCUCUUGCGUGCCCUGCUUUCUCUCCCACACAAACUUACCUGCACUAACUAGAAAGUCCAGUUCCUCAAGCAAGUCCUAGAAACCACAGAGUCCUGGAGGCAACAUGGACCUGGACAGUAAACGGCUGGUGGUGGUGGUACCAAACGAAGGGCUGGUGCCAUCUCGCAGAGUGUUCAGUAGCGAGGACGAAGCGUGGAAGAAUUACCUGGAGAACCCACUGACUGCUGCCACUAAGGCCAUGAUGAGCAUCAAUGGAGAUGAGGACAGUGCGGCAGCACUGGGACUGUUGUACGACUACUACAAGGUUCCCAGGGAAAGAAGACAUGUCUCCAGCAGUGUUAAACCCACAGACCACUGUGCUAUUGGAUCUGAUAAUUGUGGGAGCAUGGAGAUGCUCGAUCACCAUCUACAGGCUCUUAGAUCCAUGCCUGUCAAUCUCUCUCUAAACAGCAGCACAACUACAGAACAUCAGGGCUCUAAGUAUGGAGCUACUUGCCUUGGAGGGGACACCAGACGAGGAGAUGGUAAGCAGGGUACUGGGGCGACCCUGGCUUUGGUCAAGACAGAGAGCCAGACCUCCAUGGGAGUGUCUUGUUCAGGAGGUGCCUACCGGGAAGAACCCAGAGAGCAGACAAGAAUGGUCCACGAGCAGAGUCACUAUGAUUUGCCCCUUGCUGGGAAAGAUGAACAGAGAAGCCCUCCAGACAGCACGUAUGAGGACUCCAUAGAUGGAGAGAUGUACCACAGAAGCCCCUCAUUAGAAGUUGAUGAAUUCCACUACAGUUUGCGUAACGUAACUGAUAGGUUCCGGUAUUGUCUGGAGGCAAGUAUGUCACUGAGGCCACGGCAGGGGGAAGGACCCAUGGCUUACCUGAACAGGGGCCAGUUCUACACUUUGACACUGUCGAAGACCUCUUUCACAUCAUCCUUUCAUCAGCCAGGGGGUGCAGUGCGGGUUGGCGGACUGAUGCCAUCACACAAGCCUGAUGGGAGCCCAUCCAGUAGUGAGCGAUGCACCAUGGGAGGCUCUGAGCUGCAGCGGGACAGUAUUGUACAGAGUGUUAUCAUGGUCGUCUUUGGGGAAGACAAGUGCAGAGAUGAGCAACUGAAGAAUUGGAAAUACUGGCACUCCCGCCAGCACACUGCCAAACAGAGAGUUCUGGACAUUGCCGACUACAAGGAGAGCUUCAGCACGAUCGGGAAUGUGGAGGAAAUUGCCUACAAUGCUGUCUCUUUCACAUGGGAUGUCAGUGAAGAAGCAAAGGUCUUCAUCUCUGUGAACUGUUUGAGCACAGACUUCUCCUCACAGAAGGGGGUAAAGGGAAUGCCUCUAACAAUCCAGGUCGAUACCUACAGCUACAACAACUGCAGCAGCAGGCCCAUCCACAGGGCCUUCACUCAGAUCAAGGUCUUCUGUGACAAGGGUGCUGAGAGGAAGCUUCGUGAUGAGGAGAAGAAGCAGCUCAGGAAGAGGAUGAAAGGGAAAAAUGGCAGCUCGGGGCCGACCUCUCCCAUUAAGAGGGCUGACAGCACCCUGCUCAAACCCAUGACAGACCUGGACUCCCAGCCUGUCCUAUUCAUUCCUGAUGUCUACUUUGGAAACCUGCAGAGAGCAGGGCAGGUGUUUGCUUUCAACACUGAGGAGGUCAAUAGAGAUGGGAGUGUUCUGAUGAAAAGGGUGUCAUGUGCUACUGGUGAGGAUGUCUGUCCACCCCAGGCCAAGAAGUCCAAAGUGGAGCUGGAGAGGAAAGUUCUGCUGUAUGUCAGGAAGGAGAGUGAUGAAGUGUUUGAUGCCUUAAUGCUGCACACCCCAACCCUCAAAGCACUGAUGGAGGCAAUCUCAGAGAAGUAUGCGGUACCUGUUGACAAGAUGGCCAAAGUUUACCAAAAAAGCAAAAAAGGGGUCCUGGUAAACAUGGAUGACAACAUCAUCCAGCAUUACUCCAAUGAGGACACCUUCAUUCUGGCUAUGGAGAGCUCAGCAGACACAUUGCGCGUCACCCUGUCAGAGAUCUGAUGGUUGCUAGCCCCAGCACUGUAUUCAUCAGUCACUGUCAGACGGAGGUGAUCGCUGGUGGGAGAAGCUUUAGCCAUGCCAUGCAUAGAAAUUGUGAAUGCAGCUAGCAGUAUUAGAUGACAGCGCCAAAAUGUGUUCCCCAAGGAGUCUCCAUAGAGUUUGUUCUCCAUGGAUCAUUAACUGAAAUAAUCCAGAUGCACCUCACCUGCUGCACUACCUGUUUAAUAGACAGCCUGCAGAAGGAGGAUUUCUUGCCUUUGGAACACAGGCUUAACUUUGAAAACUUGGGAAAAUGUUUGCUAUUUUCUGACUAACUAGCUAUGCAAGUCUUGACUAGCUGAUAGCAAUUCACUUAACACUUGGUGCAACAGAAGGGAGGAUUUUAUCCGGGUCACCUUAAAGCACCGAGCCAGCUUGCUGUGGUUUCACAGGAGGAAGAUGGAAGGAUACAGUACAGUUUGCCUCUUGGAUGAGGAGCGGGGUCAGCUGUUUGCUUCCUCUUUGCCUUCCACCAUCCUUCCUGUUACCCCUCUUGUGGUGGACACUUUUAAAUGACUUCAUCAGAUGUUUGAAAGGCUAUCGCUUUAACACAAGUCGAUGCCACAUCUUUUGUUAGCACUCGGUUCAAGGAAACGGCUUAUUGUUUGGUAUGUAUGUAAUUAGUUUACAUUAGUGUAUUUGUCUUAAAUAAUUGUCUCCUGCUUGUUAAAUCUAAUCUUUCUUGAUUGUCCAUCUUUUUUGAUUCCAUUGAUCAUAUUUUCAUUACAUACUAAUGUUUCCAAUCGGGGCCAGUGAAAUAACAGAAGUAACAUGUUGUGGUAACAUGCUGGUGUCUCAGCCUCUAUAAUUACAUGAGGAACCAUAAUGACCCCAAUGGAACAAGACUGCAAGCCUCCAGGAUGCUGUUAAAUUGUUUUGCUUCCUGUGUGCUCGUGUUGAUUGCUUUUCCUCUCACUGAAGACACUGCAGUCCUUAGUAUUUAUGACAAUAGUUAUACCCAUCCAGUCCAUCCAUUUACACAAUCCUUUGAGGCCAAUGCAAACCAUCAGAUCUGACUGGUUCUGUUCCUACUCACUGCCUAUGUUUACACCUGUUUCACUUCCUGCUUCUGUAUCUUUAAUUUGUGCCAAGCACCAUGAUGUCCAGCCUUUUAAAUCAAGUCAAUAAAUGUAGUUUUAUAUGGA